GGUCUCCACCGCGUCCGUGGUAGAAAGAGGUUCAACACUUGACUGUCUCGAAGAAACUUUUGCUGAACUCUCAAAUUCUUUUACAACAUUACAUCAAAAUUUUCAAGGCAUUAAACAAGUUCAUGAAUCUUUAAAUGAAUUCAAUAAAUCAUUUUCAGGGUUUUUAUAUGGAAUUAAAAUGAAUGCACAUUGUAUAGAGUUUUCUGAGCGUGAGGCUGAUUUGUUCAAAGAAAAUCAAUCUACACCAAUUGCAACACCAGUUCGUAGAAUCAAAACUCCAACUCCCGUUAGUAGAAUCAAAACUCCAGCGCAACCACCUCCACCAAAGAAAAAGAAAAUAAAUAAGGCUUUAGCUAUUAAAACAUUGAUCAAGAAAAUUGUCGAUAGCUUACCACCAAAAUAUCGUGAUCAACACCAAGCAAAUCGUAAAAACGUGGAAAUGAUUCUUAGACUUUUGUUUGAAAAUCCAUCGGAGGGAAAGUAUAUUCAAGAUAUUGUUAAAUGCACUGAACUAGCACGUGGUCGAUGUAUUGAAUACCUUAAUGUACUUAUCAAUAACGAAUAUGCAGCACAGUGA